AUGUUUCGCGUUUCGGGUCUGGUCAUCAGCGUCCUUCGACUUUUUCUUCGCGGCGUCAAAUGUCGUUUUAAGUUGGGCGCCCGGGGUAGGGUGUUCCACGUCGCAACAGCGAUGCACCCUCGACACUGGAGACCGGGUGAACGGCUAGGUAGACGGGGGGAGCUCGACUUCGAGCGAGGGAGGGGUGGGAUUGGGAAGUGUGGAUGGGUUGGGUUCAAUGGGUUGGCCAGCUGCAGCCCUGGCAGUCGACAACUGAACGCACGUGUGGAAUGCGACAGACCCGACGGGCCCACGACGGAGCAGACGUCCGGGAGAGUGGACGGCGAUGUUCAGAGAAGGGCGACGAAGAUGAUGAAGUGGACGACGAUGAGGCCAAAGACUGGAGAAGAUGGAGGGACGCUGAAGUUUGGCGGUAAUGCUGACGACGAUGCUGAGUUGUGGUGGAUAGCUUCAGGAGGUUUUGUUCCGCCAGAGGAUCCAACUACACGGAGUAUUUUGGUUUGCAGAUGUUCGAUGAAUUUUGAGCUCCAGAAGGUGACGGAGAUGGCCCAGGGUAAAUCAAGGAAGAGCCGAGAAGACCAAAGAGCUAGUGUGGGGAACGAGAGGACGAGGGACGGGAAGGGAAUCGAAGAUCGGGAUGGCAGGAGACUUUUAACUAGUCACACCCUCACGGCUCGGGGGUGA